AAAAUGAUGUACAAUAAGAUUUUCGUAAUGAUGUCGGUGUUGGCGUGCCGUGCGAUGGGGAGUGUGGUGGCACCGGUCUAUGCCCCGGCGUUGAGUUACACAAGAGCAGUUCCGUACAACAUUCCACCAUUCGCUGCGAGUGUUAACGUUUUUAACAGACUAGUUCACGCUCCAGUUGUGCAUGCGGCACCAGUUUUACCGGCACCGGCGAUUCUUCCCCAUGCUCGUUCCAUUCAUCCGAUUCCGGCUCCUCUCCAUUUCCCCCACCCCUUACAUGCGCAUAUAGGUCAUCCAGUUGCUGCACCUUUAGCGGCACCAGUUCCUCACGCUUUUCCAGCAGCGGCCCCUGUUCCUUUCCCAUAUGGUUUACCGGCACCUUUACCACAUGCCUUACCGGCCCCUUUACCACAUCCUUUACCGGCACCUUUACCACACGCUUUACCGGCACCUUUGCCACAUGCAGUAGCCGCACCUGCACCUUUACCUUAUGCGCUACCCGCGCCCUUACCACACCAUGUAGCGGCACCAUUGCAUCACGCAGCACUUCCGGAACCCUUACCUCAUGCUCUCCCGCAGCACUUGCCGCAUGCGGUUCCUUGGCGAAGAUGA